GCCGCCGGCGCCUGAGAGAAGGGAACAACCGUAUUUGAAAGUUCGAAACCAACUUCUCUCACCGCCGCCCAAGGUCUUGCAGGCCAUUCAUCUACGCAGAAGGCGAAGUUCAGUUUUCCAUGGAAGCUGAAAGCAGCAGCAGCAGCAGCAGCAACAGUAAUUCUGACGCCUCCGAAUUCGAAAAGAAGCAUCGAUGGAGAGCGGAAGACGCAAUAGCUGGGAAUCCUUCUGCAUUGGAAGCUCUCAGAGAGCUCAUUGUGUUUCCCUUGCUCUACUCUCGUGAAGCCCGAAAGCUCGGCCUUAAGUGGCCGACGGGGCUGCUUCUGUACGGUCCUCCUGGAACUGGAAAGACGAGUCUUGUUCGUGCAGUGAUUCAGGAAUCUGGUGCCCAUCUGGUUGUAAUUAGUCCAUAUUCUGUUCGCAGACCACAUGCCGGGGAAAGUGAGAGGAUUCUGAGAGAGGCUUUUGCAGAUGCAUCCUCACAUUUGGGAGCAGGCAAGCCGUCAGUCGUGUUUAUAGACGAAAUCGAUGCGAUCUGCCCUCGUCGUGAUUCUGGGAGAGAGCAAGAUAUUCGUUUAACCUCUCAACUCUGCACGCUAAUGGAUGCCAUCAAGCCCUCUUCUACCUCUUCAGGGCAUGUGGUCGUGGUUGCAUGCACUAACAGAGUUGAUGCAUUGGACCCUGCACUCAGACGAUAUGAACGGUUCAAUAGUGAAGUAGAAGUAACGGCUCCUACAGGAGAGGAACGCUUAGAAAUCCUCAAGCUCUACACAAAGAAGCUAGUGUUGGAUGAUGACGUUGAUUUGCAAGCUGUUGCUGCUUCUUGUAAUGGAUUCGUUGGGGCUGACUUGGAAGCAUUGUGCCGUGAAGCUGCCAUGUCAGCUAUUAAGUCGGCCAAAGCAAGUGGAGAUGGUGGGGUUCUUUGCUUAACGGCAGAAGACUGUCGAAAGGCGAGGUCCAUUGUUGGUCCUAGCUUAACAAGAGGCGUGACAGUCGAAGUCCCAGAUGUGUCCUGGGACGAUAUUGGUGGACUAAAGGAUUUGAAGAAAAGACUUGAGCAAGCUGUUGAAUGGCCGAUCAAGCACCAGUCUGCAUUUAGAAGAAUGGGAAUCUCUCCCAUACGUGGGAUUCUUUUGCAUGGACCUCCUGGGGUUUCCAAAACCACUAUUGCUAAAACUGUAGCUAAUGCUGCUCAGGCUUCUUUUUUCUCCUUGAUUUCUGCAGAUUGUUUUAACAAGUAUGUUGGAGAGGGGGAAGCAUUGUUGCGCAACACAUUCCAAAGAGCUCGUGUAGCAGCUCCCAGCAUAAUCUUCUUCGAUGAAAUCGACGUUCUGGCUGGUAAACGAGGUGACAGUUCAAGCAACUCAUCCGCUGCAGGGGAGAGGCUUCUAUCGACUCUACUGACUGAAAUGGACGGUCUGCAAGAAAUAAAAGGCGUCCUUGUAUUGGCGGCCACCAAUCGUCCACAUGCAAUAGAUGCUGCACUGAUGCGCCCUGGACGCUUUGAUCUGGUCUUGUAUGUGCCACCAUCUGAUAAGAAGGGUCGACUCGAGAUCCUCAACGUUCUUACACGAAACAUCAGCAUCGACGAUGAUGUCGACCUCGAAACCAUAGCAGAGAACACCGAGCUCUUCACGGGUGCUGAACUAGAGGGUCUAUGUCGAGAAGCUGGGAUGGUAGCUCUUCGCGAAGAUAUAUCCGCAACUGUUGUCUGCAAUCGUCACUUUCAGAAGGCGUUGAGUUCCUUAGCACCAGCUCUCACAAAAGCUGAGGCAGAGGAGUAUUCGUCCUUCCUGAAGACUCAGCGUGUACCCUUUUAGCCUCUUUUGUCCGAGAUAAAACAUUGGUACGAAG